AUGAGGCGGCCCCUGGCGGUGGAGCUGCUGCUGCUGCUGCUGCCGCCGUUCGGGACGCAGGGGGCCAAGGUGUCAAGAGCCUGCGGGCGCCCGCAGAGGCUGAACCGGAUGGUGGGCGGGCAAGACGCCCUGGAGGGUGAGUGGCCCUGGCAGGUCAGCAUCCAGCACAACGGCAGCCACUUCUGCGGGGGCAGCCUCGUCACGGAGCGGUGGGUGCUCACCGCCGCGCACUGCUUCUCCAACACCUCCGAAACAUCCCUGUACCAGGUCCUGCUGGGGGCGCGGCAGCUGGUGCAGCCAGGGCCACACACCGUGCAUGCCCGGGUGAAGCGGGUGGAGAGCAACCCCCUGUACCAGGGCAUGGCCUCCAGUGCCGACGUGGCCCUGGUGGAGCUGGAGGCACCAGUGACGUUCACCAACUACAUCCUCCCCGUGUGCGUGCCCGACCCCUCGGUCGUCUUUGAGACGGGCACAAACUGCUGGGUCACGGGCUGGGGCAGCCCCAGUGAGCAAGACAACCUGCCCAACCCCCGGAUCCUGCAGAAGCUGGCCGUGCCCAUCAUUGACACACCCACGUGCAACCUGCUCUACAGCAAAGACGCCGAGUCUGGCUUCCAGCUCAAAACCAUUAAGGACGACAUGAUCUGUGCCGGCUUCGCCGAGGGCAAGAAGGAUGCCUGCAAGGGCGACUCUGGCGGCCCCCUGGUGUGCCUUGUGGGCCAGUCGUGGCUGCAGGCUGGAGUGAUCAGCUGGGGCGAGGGCUGCGCCCGUGAGAACCGCCCUGGCGUCUACAUCCGGGUCACUUCCCACCACAACUGGAUCCACCGGAUCAUCCCCGAGCUGCAGUUCCAGCGGGCCAGGCCGGGCGGCCAGCAGAGAGGCCCCCGGGGCCAGCAGCCCCUGGGCCGGAACCUUGCGCCCUGCCAGGCUGCCCCCACCGUCCUGCUGGUCCUCCUGGCGCUACUCCCCAGCCUCUGA